AUGGCGUGGCAAUCUCAGCUGCGUCCCCACCUCCGUGUGAGACGCAAUCCUCCAGAGCCAAAGUGCAGGCGAAUAGCUAUAUUCGAAUUAAGUGUGCAGGGGGUAUAUCCGUUUGCUCUUGAGAGUACAUGUCGUAGCGGGCUGCUAUUGAAUAGUGAUUUUGUGUCCAAGCUAUUGGACAGACGCGAGCCAGUCACACGCCUCCGCCUUCUUGUUAUUGCAAGUGACGAGCACAUCGCAAUACAGGCAGCAUUAGCGUAUUUAGAGAUAUUGCUUGACUUUGCCGCUGCCAUUCCUCUUUGGCCUUGGACCUCCACUCGCCAACGAGGACCGAAAUGGCUCUCCAAAGAACGACGUCGAGUCGUAUUUCCAAGUUUUCCCGCGAGAAGAGUGGAAUGCUUCGUCCGCUUUGCCCUUCAGGGCACCGUCUCUCCGUCGCUCGUGCCUCGCCCCUCGCUCCCUGUCUGCAAUGACUAUCCUUUAGCCCCCCACUACGACCCCCACCUCCUAUCCCAUGGCUGCACUAUCCCCCCCCCCUCUGCCUCUGCUACUGCGCGUUUGGUAUAUAAAGAGACACUUCAGUCCCUUUGGUCCAGUCUCCCACACCCAGGCACCAUGAGACCUCAGGUAGCCCUUCUCGUGCUGGCGGUCGUGGCCGUCGUGUCCAGCGCUCAGGAAUACAGCACGGAGGAAGUCAUUAGGAACCUGCAAACCACAGCAGACGCAGAGGAGUUGGUCGACUGUGUUCUCGGCUCCCGCCAGCCCGGACUGCCUUGCAGGCAGAUGUUCUUGGAUUUCAGACGUUUCUUACCCGACAUCUUCGAAAAUAAUUGCCGCGGGUGCACGGAUCAGCAGAAGGACACGAUACAGAAUGCAGCGCUGUUCAUGCAGAAGAAUCACAACCAGUACUUCAAUCAACUCUCACGGGGCAUCAGGGGGUCCCUCGGUUGAGCCGCCGCCACCGUCCCUUCAGUAUGGAUCCUUAGCCAUGGGCCUCUUGUCUGGAAAUAUAUCCUUUGUGAUGCAAAAUCAGUUGUCAUUAAAUUUAUGAUUAUCA